GGAAGCUGCUGUGGAGUGCGGACUGUUUGGAUUUGUGAAGUAAACUGCAAGACAGCUGAUGGAAUAUGGGAGAGAGCUGAACGUAUGAAAAAACUGAAGCUGAAUAUAGGCUCAGUCUGUAUCCUGAUGAAAUUGAGAUAAGGUGAAUGGGAACUGCUGCGUUUUCCUGCAAUACAAAUCUCGUCUGACAGAGUUUGUUUUAAGUACUGCCCAGCUGUAUGUUGUUUAAGAGGAGCCUCUAGGGGAAAAUCAGAGCAAAAGCUGGGAAAGGAAGUGAAAGCAUUUUUCAGGGCUAUCGUUAAAAGACCUGCCUCAAAGUGGUACAUCUGGCAAUUGAAAGCAGGAGGUAGGAAAAAUCAUCCACAGCUACAAGACAGGAAGAGCAAGCAGACUCCAGAGAGAGUCUGACAAUAACCUGAAGAAAAGACUGUCAGGAGAAGAGGGGGAAAUGGCUUGGAUUUCACUUUGGAAGCGUGUUUUCUACCUAACUGUCUUUGGAUCGCUUUACCCAGCCAUUAGCUGUGGGGAAAGUAGUGGUCAUUUUGCUAGCACUGAAGAAGAUCCCACUGAGAUAUCUAUCACCUUUAAAGAUCAACAUUCGGGGGAUAUAGAGAAUCAGUCUCAGAAGAACUGUGCGACAGGUUUCUACAGCAUAGAUAAUGAAAUAUGUCUUCCUUGCAAAUGCCAUGGGCAUUCAGAGCAGUGCCUGCCUAAUUCUGGAAUCUGCAUUAAUUGUCAGAAUAACACAGCUGGAGACCACUGUGAAAAAUGUCUUGAUGGAUACAUUGGUGAUUUCGUUCAAGGCCAUUAUAAGUCUUGCCAACCUUGCCCUUGUCCUCUGAGUGUACCUUCAUACAAUUUUGCAGUUUCCUGCAUGAUUAAGAAUGAUAAAUUGCGUUGUAUGUGUAAAGAAAAUUAUGCUGGAUCCAAAUGUGAAAGAUGUGCACCUGGUUACUAUGGAUCACCUUUGGCACAGCAAAGUUGCAGAAAAUGCGACUGUAAUGGCAACUCCGAUCCUAACCUAAUAUUUGAUGACUGCGAUGAAGUAACCGGAUAUUGCCGCAGUUGUCUGCGAAAUACAACUGGGCUCCAUUGUGAGCAAUGUGCCUCGGGUUACUAUGGAGAUGCCAUCAAGGCCAAAAACUGCACAGAGUGUCCUUGUCAGAAGUGUGGAACCAGUGAAUGUGAUCAUUCGACUGGGCAUUGUCGAUGUAAGCCAGGAGUUACUGGAGCCUUGUGUGACCAUUGUGAGAUUGGUUACUAUGGAUACAGCAGCUGCUGCGGAUGUUCGAGAUGUGACUGUGCCCUGGCUGUGAAGGAUAAAUAUUGUGACCCUUUGAACGGCCAGUGCUCGUGCCUACACGGAGUUGCUGGAAAGCGCUGUGACCACUGUUUAUAUGGGUUCUGGAACUAUGGACCAUAUGGCUGCCAGAGGUGUGAAUGUGAUGGACCCUGUAACAGUGAGACAGGAGAGUGUAUGCCAGCACCCAUCGACUCUCCAGUUAAUUGCUCAGUUGUCAGAUGUGACAAGUGCAUCGGGGACUUAAUUGAUGAUAUGAAAAUAGCAGGAUCAUCACUGGAAGAAGCUAAGUCUGCUGUUUUGAAUGUUAUUACUGGUGAUGCCUUUAACAACAGAUUAAACAAAUUAAACCUCACAGCAAUCGAAUUCAACAACCAGAUAACUGAGAUGAGAAAACAGUCAGAAUCACAUAGACUUUGGAUUGGUGAUAUUGAAACAGCGGUCACGUCUCUGCUUACUGAUCUUAAUGCGUUGGCUGAGAAGGAGCAAAUAACUCUCAGCAAUGCCCAGUUUUUUGACAAAGAAACAGGCAAAACUAGCAACCGUGCCAUCCAGAUCAACAGACAAAUUAUGGAUAUCGCCAAUCUGACCCAAGAUAUUAUAGAAGGCUUAAAUAAGUAUGGAGUGGAAGAACAGCUUGCACCUGAUGAAAUUGAUACAAUCUAUGUUAAGGUCGAAAUAUUAUUGCAAGAGAUGAGAAAACUGAAUUUUUCAGACCGCGAACAACUCGCUGAAGAUGAAAGAAUAGAAGCCGAUGCAAUGUUACAUCGUGUUCGUGAAUUUGAAUUGAUGAUGAUGGAAAGCUAUUAUUCUGUUCAUGAAAUCUCGGACGGCUUUACCAACUAUGAGAGUAAACUCUUAGACCUGGAAGAGGCUCUUGAGGAUGCAAUCAAGACCGUUCGGUUAACGGAGGAGAAGAACAGACAAAGCAUUAAUCAAUAUCUCAGGAAUAAGGGAUUGCACAAUGAAUUGAACAAACACUUUGACGCUGUUAAUGUAACACUUCAGAUGGCUACGGAUGAUCUGACAGACACAUCCAUUGUUAUUUCAGACAUAGAAGACAAAAUUGUGAACCUGUCCACAUUCCAUGCUGCAAUAGAUGGUGCACAUAGUGUAUUGCAGCAGAAACUAACUAAUCUUUCCUCGUAUGAUAAACCCUUGGCUCUCCGGGCUAUAAAAUAUGCCAAAGAUCUUCAUAAACUUGCUUCAGAAUUGUCCAAUAUCUUAAAAAGUAUAGACACAAAUGGUAUUGUCCAGAAAGCGAUAGAUGCUUCAAAUGUCUAUGAGAAUAUUGUCCAAUAUGUGGCAGAAGCUGAGAAGAAUGCAGCUACUCUGCUCAGUGCUGCACAGAGAGCUGAGGAUGCUGUCGAAGGAAUUCAAACACAGAGCACAUGGCACAGAAACAUCAGUGAAGACCUUUUGAACAAAGUAAAUGAUUUGGCUGAAACCAUGGAAGAUGAUGGUGCUCUUUAUGAGACCAGGAACCACGUAGCUGCAGUUAUUCGGAAGAAAAAUGCAACAGUGGACCUCCUAACAAAUGCCAUCAAUGAACUGGCAUCAAUUGAGUCAAAUAGCGACAGGUUGAACCGAUCAAAGCUAAUUGCCAAAGAAGCAAUGGAUACUUCUCAAAUGGUCCUACAGACAGUCAACCCCAUGGGUGAAUUGGUGAGAGGCUGGCUUCAGAACCUGAGCACUUCUGCUGAUGAUGGAAUUGCUUUCAAGAAGACUGUGAGCUCAGCUGGGGACACAGUGAAAAAUCUGACAGAAAUAGUUCCACAGCUUUUGGAUAAACUUAAAGUUGUGGAAGAAAAAAGGCCAGCAAGCAAUAUUUCUGCCAGCAUCCAGCGAAUCCGGGAACUCAUCGCACAGUCAAAGAAUGUGGCCAGCAAGGUUCAGGUCUCCAUGAAGUUUGAUGGUCGAUCCGCUGUUGAACUUCAUACAAAAACAAAUUUAGAGGAGCUCAAGUCCUUUACUUCAAUGAGUCUGUACAUGCGAAUUCCUUCAUUAAGCGAACAAGGUCAAGCUGCCAUACAAGAUAGAUUCAUUAUGUAUCUUGGAAACAAGAAUGGAGGCCAAGAUUACAUUGGUUUAAGUAUUAAAAAUGACAAUCUGGUUUUCGUCUACAACCUUGGAAGCGGAGAUGUUGAAAUACCCUUAAACUCAAAGCCUGUGAGCACUUGGCCAAACUAUUUCAAUUUAAUUAAAAUAGAAAGAGUUGGAAGGCAUGGGAAAAUACAGUUAACUGUACCCAGCCCAGGCAGCACUGCUGAGCAAAAAUUCAUCCAGAAAGGAUCAGCUGAAGGCAAAGAUUCUCUGCUGGAUCUGGAAGCAGGUGACAUGGUAUUUUAUGUUGGAGGAGUACCCCCAGGUUUCCAGCUUCCUGGGAGCUUGGACCUACCUGGCUUUGUUGGCUGUAUUGAAAUGGCCACACUCAACGGUGACAUCACAAGCCUUUAUAAUUUCAAGCAGGUAUUCAAUUUGAACACAACCAUCCAGAUACCUUGCACCAGGUACAAACUUGCUUUUGCCCAAAGCAGGGCUGCCAACUUCUACUUUGAUGGUUCGGGCUACGCUUUUGUGCGCAACAUCCAAAGGCGAGGGAAAUUCAACAUAGCAGCUCGGUUCAGUCUGGACAUUCGCACUUCAGCCGACAGUGCCCUCCUACUACUCAUGGUGAAUGGGGAUAUGUUUUUCAGCAUGGAAAUGCAAAAUGGCUACAUACGAUUGGUUUAUGACUUUGGAUUCAGCAAAGGCCCCGUAGUCCUCGAGGAUACUGACAAGAGGAAGCUUAUCAAUGAUGCAAAGUAUCAUGAGGUCUCAUUCAUUUACCACAAUUACAAGAAGAUAAUUCUGCUGAUUGACAGAACCAAUGUAAAAAGUAUUGAAAGCGAAAAGAAGAACAUGCAGUUCUCUAAUGUCUAUGUUGGAGGAGCCCCUGCUGAGAUCUUAUCAAGGCUCAGGUCACAUAUUGCUGCAGAUGCAGGAUUUCGAGGUUGCCUUAGGAGCUUCCAGUUCCAGAGGAGAGACUUCAAUAUACUAGAGGAAGAGGAGACAUUUGGAGUUAGCAGUGGCUGUACAGAAGAUUCUCUUAUGUCACGCAUGGCCUACUUCAAUGGUGAAGGUUUCAUCUCAUCCACCGACAAAAUCACACCCUUUUCGAAUUUCGAAGGAGGUUUCAACUUCAGGACCUUACAAUCAAAUGGGCUGCUUUUCCACUACAAUGAAGGGGCUGAUAACUUCUCCCUUGCAUUGGACAAUGGUACUGUCAUUUUCAAAGUUAAAAAAACAACUUUGCACUCUACAGAGAACCAAUAUAAUGAUGGUCGGAAUCAUUUUGUUAGAGCAACUGUCACCCCCUCAAGUUGCCAGUUAAUUAUAGAUGAUAAAGACACAGCGGCAGAAGAUUGCUCCUCAAAAGAAACAGGGCAAACAAAAGGGAUAUUCUACUUUGGAGGUUCACCACACAGACUGCAUGCAAACCUCACUGGUUGCAUCAACAACGCAUACCUGAGUAGACUUGGUAAAGAUAUUGAAGUAGAAGAUUUCCAGACGUACACUGAGAAAGUACAAGCCUCUCUACAAGGCUGCCCUAUUGAGACUCUGCCAGCAGCAAUUUCUCUUAAGCAUGAAAAGAACUUCACAAAAGCCAAGAGAGGACGCAAUAGAAAGUUGGGGACCAAUAAAGAAGAAACAGUAAAAUAUCCGAUAGCCCAUGAUGCAAAGACAGGAGGAAAUAAUCUGAAUGAAGAUGUACACUGCAGUAAAACAAACAACCUCAAAGCAAUCCACCGUGCCUAUCAGUAUGGGGGAAUUCCCAAUAGCAGGCAGGAUGUUCACGGAAUCCCUUCGUUUUUCAACAGUAGGUCUCAUUUCUCCGUCAAUGUGAGAACUCAUUCUUCUCACGGGCUCAUAUUCUACGUGGCGAGCGAGAAUGAAGACCAGUUCAUGGCGCUUUUCAUCGCUCGCGGAUACUUUAUUUACACGUUCAGCAAUGGUCAUGACAAACUGAAAAUAAAGAGCACAAAGAAAUUUAAUGAUGGUAUCUGGCACAAUGUCAUCUUUACACGUGAAAAUAACAAAGGGCGAUUGGUAAUAGAUGGUCUCCAUGCUCUGGAGAACCAUCUCAACAUUCCUAUUCAUUCAUUACAAGUCCAUGAACCAUUCUACAUAGGAGGUGUGCCUCUACAAAAAGCAGGAAAGAACAUUCAGGUCAAAUCCAUCCGAAGCUUUAAUGGUUGUCUUCAGAACUUUCAGCUGAAUGGUUGGUCUCUUCCAUCAGCUACCCACACAUUCGGUGUUACACCUUGUUUCGAAGGUCCAACUGAACCAGGGACUUUCUUUUCUGCAGAAGGAGGAUAUGUGAUACUGGACGAUUCAUUCAAUGUUGGAUUACGGUUUGAGCUUGUGUUUGAAAUCCGUGCUCGAAAUCAUUCAGGGAUCCUGAUACACAUUCACAGUUCCAGCCACAAAUACCUAAACGUCUUCAUGGAACAUGGGAAGAUCACGUUAAAAGUUAGCAAUGGAACUGCGGUGUUUGAAACUUCAGUAACUCCAAAGCAAAGUCUCUGUGACAGUCAGUGGCACAGAAUAGCAGUCAUCAGAGAUUCAAAUGUUGUGCAGCUGGAUGUCGACUCUGAAGUAAAUCAUGUGGUGGGGCCAUUAACAUCACAUUCUUUCAACAAGAAGGAACCAGUAUUCGUUGGCGGAGUGCCAGAGUCAUUGCUCAGCCCAAAACUGAGAAUACGCCAGUCAUUCACCGGCUGCAUGAGAAACUUCAACGUCAAUGAAGCUCCUGUCAUUUUCACCAAAGCGGCACUGGUCAGCGGAGGAGUCAACAUCAACUCUUGCCCAGCACCAGCAGCCUAGUACUUGUCAACUCUGCUUCUACGAGUCAUAUGCAGGAACGUGAAGGAAAGCUGAGACAAAUUACUUUCUCGUAUAGUUUUCAGGGGCAGGGUGGGGGUCAAUAAUUUGUCCAAACUGAUUUGGUCGGGUCACAUCAGUACAUUCAUCCCAUCAGUUUCCAGUUUGUCCAUGGACUUCAUUUUACUUCUCCAUGUGUAAUCUACUCAGAACUAAUAAAUGCUCUGUUUGCUCCUUCAUUCUUGAAAGCACAAAAAAAUCCCGUUUUGCUACCAGCUCACUACCAGUGCAGAGUGUGCCAUUUUUCACAGUGCACAUAUACGAACAGCAGUUUCUCAAAUUAAUCAGAUCAAAUAUUACUCAGAGAGCAUCAAUGCAACGCUCACAUUUCCACUCAGGGUAAUACAAUGGUUCCCAGCCUUUUUUUAUGCAUGGUCCCCUACCAUUAACGGGGGGGAGGGGGGGUCCAUGGACCCCAGGGAUAAUAAAAAGCAAUCCUCUUUAUACAAACAUUGUGGGCACAUGGCCAAGUGGUUAAGGCAUUGGACUAGUGACCUGAAGGUCGUGAGUUCGAGCCCCAGCCAAGGCAACGUGUUGUGUCCUUGAGCAAGGCACUUAAUCACACAUUGCUCUGUGACGACACUGGUGCCAAGCUGUAUGGGUCCUAAUGCCCUUCCCUUGGACAACAUCGGUGUCGUGGAGAGGGGAGACUUGCAGCAUGGGCAACUGCUGGUCUUCCAUACAACCUUGCCCGGGCCUGCGCUCUGGAGAGUGAAGACUUUCCAGGCGCUGAUCCAUGGUCUCACAAGACUAACGGAUGCCUUAAAAAUUAAAAUUAUACAAACUCACACUGUGCAGUUAGGGGUAAUGAUGCCCUUUUGGUUUCCCAACAAUUGUCUAAUAGAGCUCUUCUUUUGUGUGACUUAUAGCUGAAGACCAUUCACCUGACCUUUACAAUGAGCUGGGCUAAUUAUCCAGCACCUUUAAUUUUAAUUAGCGGGUAUGUCACGCCAUUCCACUUCCAGCAGCGGACUACAGGUCCAUGAGCCUAAUCAGAGGCAUUCUAAAAGAUAAAAUAAUCACUAAAAAAAUUUGGGUCAUCCUUGCUUUAAGAAGUCAUAAUUGUGUAACUUGCUUGUCUCAGAACUGUUAAAAACCGGCCUGCUUCUUUCACAUGUGCAGUCGCCAGCUGGGUUUGCAGCUGUCACGUCACUCAAGAGCUGGCCCAAAUGUUUAAAGAUUUCUUCUUGCUGUGGACAAGAGGGAGGAUGGGAAUGGGGAGACCAGUCUGUUGAAAUAGAAUGAUGAAAGGAAAACAAGCAAGGGGAGGUUGCAACAGCACAUUCCCAUUUUUGUUUUAACUUGAAUGAAAAUUAUACGGUUUCCAAUAUUAUUGCACAAAAUACCACAAGCAAAUGGAAUCAUUGUUGAUGUGAAUUACUACAGGGGGCACCUGUUCCAAUCUCCCAUUGACAGAACUUGAAAAGAACAUAAAGAUUGAAGCAAGGGUAGUCUAUUCAGCCUAUCAUGUCUGCUCUCCCAUUCUAUAACAUUAUGGCUGAUCAUUUACCUCAGCACCACUUUCCCACACAAUAUAAUAUGCCUUGAUUCCUCUAAUAUCUGAAAAAUCAAAACAUCUUUACUGCCAAACAACUGAACAUCCACCUCUCCUUGGGGCAUAGCAUCCCUAAGAAUCAUUCCUGUCUGAGUGAAGAAAUUUUUGUCCCAACUGUCUAACCCCCAUUUUUUUUUUGAGAUUGUGACUCUUUCUUCUCAAAAGCACAGCAAGAAAAAACACUAUCCCUGCACCCAACCUCACAAACUUCUUAAGAUUUCAACAAGACCGACCUUUAUAUUUUGGUUUCAUCCUCCUUCCUUUCCAGUCCUGAUGAAGGGUCUCGACCUGAAACGCUGACUGUUAAUUUCCCUCUAUAGAUGCUGCCUGACCUGCUGAGUUCCUCCAACAUUGAAUGUUGUUUAAGAUUCCCAGCAUCUGCAGAACCUCUUGUAUGUCAAUGGGACGGUCACUCAUUCCUCUGAGCUGGACACAACAUGGGUCCAGUCUGCCAUCUGACAAGUCCACCAUCAGUGACUGCACCUACUCUAUCACAAAUCUGUCCUCCCUUUAAUUUAAAUUAAGUGAAUAGUGCAAAAAGAGAGAAAAGAAAAGUAGUGAGGUCGUGGUCAUGGGUUGCAUGAGAAUUCAGAAAUCUGAUGGCAGAGGGUAGAGACCUAAGGCUCACCACAACCUUAUAGAAUUGCAGCUAGAUACCACUGCCUUUGCAUUCACAUUCUCUUGCAAUAAGGUUCAACAUAGCUUCUGCUUUCCUAACUCCUUGUUAAAACUAAGUAACUUUCAACCAUUCAUAUGCAGAGACUCGGAGAUUCCAAUGAACGCUAACAUUUCCCACUGGUUAAAAAUACUCUACCAUUCUCCUUUUCUACCAAAGAUUAUGUAUUUCCUGCAUUACUUUCUAUCAACCAUAUCCUUGCCUAUUAACUUAGCCUGAAUACAUCCAUCUUCUAUCCCAAACUGCCAUUCCGUUUUGGAUCAUCAUCAAAUUUAAAUAUAUUACAUUUGAUCCUUACCCCUCUCUUUUAGGUCUGCAUCCUUCAGAGAACUUAGCAGUGUGACAAAAUUUCUAAAUAAAAAUACACUUAAAAAUAUAUGUAUAAAUAUAUAUAUAUUAAGUUAAAUAAGCCAUGCAGGAAGACAGGAAAAAAAGAAUUGGGGUUCAUUGUCCAUUCAGAAAUCUGAUGGCAGAGGGGAAGAAGUUGUUCCUGAAUCAUUGAGUGUGUACCUUUAGGCUUCUGUGCCUUCUCGUUGAUGGUACCAAUGAGGAGAGGGCAUGUCCGGGGUGAUGAGGGUCCUUAGUGAUGGAUGCCACCUUAUUGAGGCAUCGCCUUUUGUAGCUGUCCUGGAUGCUGGGAAGGCUAGAGCCCAUGAUGAAGCUGGAAGAGUUUGCAACUUCAGGCAGCUUUUUCCAAUCUUGUGCCCCUCUAUACGGACAGUAAUACAACCAGUUAGAAUACUCUCCAAGGUACAUCCGUAGAAAUUUGCAAGCGUCUUUGUUGGCAUACUAAUUCUCCACAAACUCCUAGCUGUCAUCAUGUCCUCUUUGUAAUUGCAACGCAUGUUGGGUCCAGGAUAGAUCUUCAAAAACCUUCACACACAGGAGCUUGAAACUGCUCACUCUUUCCAUUUCUGAUCCCUCAAUGAGGAUUAAUGUGUGUUCCCUUUCCUUAAGUCCUCAAGUCCUCAUUCUAUUCCUGGUCUUACUGAUGUGUUGUUGCUGUGACAUCACUCAACGAGCUGAUCAAUCUCACUCCUGUACUUCUCGUCACCAUCUGAAGUUCUGCUAAUGGUGGUGUCAUCAGUAAAUUUGUAGAUGGUGCCAAGCCACAUUGUCAUGGGCGUAUAGAGUACAACAGUGGGCUAAGCAUGCAUCCCUGAGGUGCGUCAGUAUUGAUUGUCAGUGCAGAGAUGUUAUUUCCGACCUGCAUAGACUGUGGUCUCCCAGUGUGGGAGUCAAGCAUCCAGUUGCAGCAGGAGGCACAGAUGCCCGAGUUUUGGAGUAUCUAGUCUAUCUAGACUAAGACCUGAUCUUAGUCCCAAAGUAACACACAAAAAAUAUUGGAUGAACACGUCUAGGGAAAAGCGUAAACAGUCGAUAUUUCGGGCCCAAGACCCUUCAUCAGGACUGAUGAUAAAUACUUUCCUUAGAUUCUGCCUGGCCUGCUGAUUUCCUCCAGCAUUUUGUGUGAUCUUAGUCCCAACUACCUGCACCCUUCAAACCACUCCCAGCUAGAAACACAUUCCAAACUUCACUUGAGUAUCACAGUCGAAGCCACAUCUACUACUCCUGCUGGCAGUUUAUUCCAUACUCACAUCAGCCUCGGAGUGAAUCUUUCACUUCUAGUUCCAGUCUCCCCAAACCUGAGGUGAAAAUAUUCCACAUUUCUAUGCAUCAAAAUGCUGGGAAACCUUGAAUGAAAAUGGAGGCCAUCUUCCCAUAAAUGUUACCAUACAGCCCUCUUCGCAGGAGCAGACUAAAUUAAUCUGGGAACCAGGGUACAAUUACAUUGUUCUGGUCACAAACUGAAUUAUAAACCAACAGGUGUUUGGGGCACAGAUACAAUGUGAAAUCUUUCCAUUAAUAUUCUUUGGACUAAGUAAAGGCAGCAUUUUUUUCUCAGCUGCUGCUGGCUUCUGCUUUUUAUCUGAUAUUAAGACUGAAGGAAUAUUGAAUCCUGUGGGGCCCUCUGGUGGCAAGCCUGCACAUACACGUUGUCACUAUUCUAUAAUUUUGCAACCGGAAUAUAAUGUUCUGACAUCUGCAUUGCCAUUUAUGGCCUUUCAAGAUAUGUCUGAAAAGUGUAAACAGUCGAUAUUUUGGGCCCAAGACCCUUCAUCAGGACUGAUGAUACUCUGCAGCACCAGAAACCCGGUAUUAAUAAGUUAAAUAGCUUAAAAAAAAUCCUUUAGAAAUUCCAGCCUUUAAAAGCCUUUCCCAAAUCAGAAGAAAUGUGUCAACUCAAACUGUGCCUCUUUCUCUGUUAGAAAAAUAAGAUAAUUGCACAGCCAUUAACGGAGUGGUUAGCACCACACAUUACAGUACCAGUGGCCGGGCUUCAAUUCCCGCUGCUGCGCGGUACGUUCUCCCUGUGACUGCGUGGGUUUCCUCCAAGUGCCUGGGUUUCCUCCCACAGCUGGGCGGUAGGAUAAUUAGUUGUUGUAAGUUGACCUAUGAUUAGGCGAGGAUUAAAUCGGGAUAUUGCUGGUGAGACAGGUCGAAGGGCCGGGAAGGGCUUAUUCCAUGCAGUAUCUUAAUACAUCGAAUACAUAAAUAAAUAUACUUCAAAACAGAAUUUCAUGCAGUGUCCUCCAGGAAUCUUUAGAGAUUGGUUCUGUGGAAAAUGUGGAGGGAAAAAAAAACAUAUCUAAUCCUUGUCCUUAAGUAGUUGUUCUAUUUGUCUCAUUAUAUACCACAUGUUCUUAUAAACUCCUUCUUUAUCUCUGCUCUGUACUUAAAUUAAUAUAAAAUGUUCAUGGAACAAACUGUUUUAUUGGUCAAAUCAAAGCACAAUUUAUCUUCGUAGUAACUGAUCCCACAAGCACAAAAUAAACAAGUAAACAAGUUCUUUAAAUAGGCAUUAAUAAACCUUUCUAAAAUAAGAUCUUUCAUAUGGCCAUUUCGUCUUGUGACUCAAUAUUGGUAUUGUUCAUAUCUGGAUCCUGCAACUUCUGUGGGACAACAAUAGGUUCAAGUACAAGGAGACUAAAUUCAAAUAAAAACUCGAGGUUUUAUAAGAAUAUUUUUACUUCUAAUAUGUAACUUUUGUUUAUUUUUCCAGUUAUCUUGUAACUGAAAGCUUAUCUAUUGAAUACCAAUUGAUUGAGAAACAACCAUGAGAAUAAAAGAUUAAUUUGACUGAAUAUUUUAAUCAGAAUCAGAUUUAUUACCACUGACAUAUGCUGUAAAAUUUGUACAGUGCAAUCCAUAAACUAUAUAGCACUGCAAAUUACAAUAAUAAACAUAUUAUUGUAUUUUAUAGUAUAUGUUAUGUACAUAAAAGAAGUAGGGCAAAGAAAGAACUAAAUUUGUGAGGUAGUGUGGAUUCAUGGACUGUUCAGAAAUCUGAUGGCGGAAGCGAAGAAGCUGUUGCUAAAUUGUUGGGUGUGUGUCUUCAUGGAAAGUUCAGGCUGAGGGACCCAGAUACUAGGGAACAAACCUACAUAUACCUAUCCCAAAACAAUGUGAUAUGAUCUGUCAGAAAAAAUCCAAUAAAUUACAGAUAACCUUUUCACUGAAUUAUUGGCUGUCACUCCUGCACAUAUAAAAUAUACAGCCAGCCUUCCUCCAAAAAUAAAAAUGACUUUUGGGCACUUGGGAAAUAUACAAAUGUAAACAGUUAUGCUUUAAAUAUCUGUCGGUGAAGCUGUAUUAGCAACAAUGUCCUAAUAAAUUGUAAAACCUGAUGUGCAAAUUUUUUCAUUGUGAUCUUUCAUUUGCAAACAUUGUGCAGAACACCACUGAUAUUCAAAGAGAUGCUGCAACUGUUUCUGAAUUCUUAUUCCUUCGAUCUUCCAGUCAGUAUGUUAGAAUCCAGAAGGGUUGAUGAGAACAUUUUAUUUUGUUUACUAAUAUAGGGCUAGAAGAGCCUUCUCUGACCUUCGAGUCACGCUGCUCCAGCAACCUCCAACAAACCCAAUUAACCCUAGCUUAAUCACAGGACAAUUUACAAUGACCAAGUAACCCACUCAAUACAGUCUGCGGACUAGGGGGGAAACCUGUUGAAAAAACACAUAUUCCACGGGGAAAAAACGUAGGGAGUCACCUUACAGAAGGGACCAGAAUUGAACUCCAGACUCAGGAACUCCCUGAACUAUCUAUACUUGCAUCAUGCUAACCUCUAUGCUAUGUGCUACAAUGGGUGUAGGAUUUGAUGGAUGAUCAGUGUGGCUGUGUUACAUCUUUCUAUGACUCCAGUUCAAAUAAUGAGUUAAUGGAACUUUGUUCAAAUUAGAGUACAGCAUCAAACUUUGCAUGAGAUUAAGAAUUUGGAGUUGGGCCGUGUGGGUGCGGCCAAGACCACAGUGGAGUAGUCCAAGUAUAGAGCCACACAGCACCAUAGAUUUCAGAUGCCUUCACAACAGGUCAGAGGGGAAGAGUCAAUUCAGAUAUGAUAAUGAUUGAAUAAGACUGACAAAUACUGAAUCAGACCAACAGAGCUAUUAUUAAGUUCAGCGGUUUUAGAAAUAGAUAAAUAAUCACAUCUACUGGAAGGUUCAAGAGAUACAAGAUGUUGAUGUUGGAAAUCCAGAGUAACACACACAAAAUGCUAUAAGAACUCAGCAGGUCAGGCAGCACUUACUGAAAGCAAUAAAGUGUCAAAGAGUCCUGAUGAAGAGCCGUGGUCCGAAACGUUGACUCUUUGUUCCUUUCCAUAGAUGCUGUCGGACCUGCUGCAUUCCUCAUGCAUUUUGUGUGUGUUCCUCAGGUUAUCAGGACAAGCGGGAGAGGGAGUAGCAAAUCAUAAAAGAUUUGUUUCCAAUCUUUGAUGAUAGAACACAAAAUGCUUGUUGAGCCAAAAAGACUGACACUUCUGUACACCCUCCUUCAAGAGGGCAUGUUCCGGGGAGGGGAGUUAAUGAGAAUUUAUCCCUAUUUCAAUGCCAAAUCCUAUAAUAGCCCUUGAAAGUUUUGUAACUAAGGUUAAUUGAUGUCAGAAGAGGAGACUAAUGAACCAACCUCUGAGCAACUUAAUGUGGGUCUAUGAGAGUAAUCAUAAGAUCCUGAGUCACUCCAGGAUUUUGGCCGGACAAGGUGUAACAGAGAAUCUAUCCAUGGCACAAAUUUGACGCAAUUCCUGGAUCAUUUAAUAACUGCAGCAAUAAUAAGAGUUUAAAGUUAAUUUCUCAUCAGUCGUUUUACUGGCAAAUAGACUGGUAAUCUCAAAGGAGGGUCACCAGUUAUCAAACAACUUUUCAGACGCAAACGAAGAAAUGAUGACACUUAGCGUCUGGCACCAACUUCAAGAUUUCAUUUGCUGGAA